AGGAAGGUUAGAAGUGAAGUCACAGAGCGAGAGGCCAAAUGCUAAAGCACCCGGCGCUUCUACGGCUUCCCUCUCUCGCUCCCCAAAUCGGCCGUAUCUCCACCCCCUCAUCCUUCGGUCUCCGCCGUAUCUCCGCCGCCAAAUUCACCACAACAACGUUCAAUUCGCAUUUUUCCACUGUACAGAUGGCUGUGGAAAACUACACGUUUGGGCCUUACAAGAUAGAUAGCAAGGAAGUGUUCUACUCAACGCAAUUAUCCUAUGCCGCGGUCAAUCUCCGUCCUCUUCUUCCCGGUCACGUGCUUGUCUGCCCAAGGCGUGAAGUGAAGCGCUUUGUUGAUCUCACUGCUGAGGAGACUAGUGAUCUGUGGAUCACAGCACAGAAGGUUGGUAGACAGCUCGAGAGCUACCAUAAAGCAUCGUCUCUUACAUUUGCAAUACAAGAUGGACCCCAGGCAGGACAAACUGUACCCCAUGUUCACAUACAUAUUAUCCCAAGGAAAGCUGGUGACUUUGAGAAGAAUGAUGAAAUAUACGACGCGAUCGACGACAGCGAGAAGGAAAUGAAGCAAAAGCUGGAAUUAGAUAAGGAAAGGAAAGACAGAAGCCUUGAGGAGAUGGCACAUGAAGCAGAUGAAUACAGAAAGCUGUUCGUGUAGACGUUACCAUUUCUGCAUUUUAUAUACACUUCAAUCUCCCAUUGUUGUUCGUGACAUUAUGAAAUCUAGGCUUAUUAUGAUAAUAGUUUCUAUACAUCUGCUACAUUUUUAUCUUUUGGUAGCUUUUUUACAUGCUUAGAAAGGCUUUGGACUUGCGCAAUAUCAACUUUGGAUUUGCUAUUUAUUCUUGUUUAUAUUGGAGAGAUCGGAGGAGUUGGGAGAUGAAGGAUUUGGUUGAGAAAUUUUACAAGUGCUUCGCUUUUAUCAAAAACCUGCUCAUUACUAAUCAUCUAUCAACUAUUCCAUAUAUUAAAAGGGGGAAUCUGAAAAGGUUGACGAGCAGCAAUGAUAACUUGCAGUGAUUCCCUUUCUAUUUAGCUCUUAUUCUUCUUAUAAGUUUUUUAAUCUAACUAGUUUGCUCAUUGUACACGAGGAGUGCUAAGAAAAGUUGCUUGGACAUUCUCUUGCUCAUCACUCCCUCUCUGAUUCCUCUUGACAAAAUGAUACUUUUGACAGGCCAAAAAAAAAAAAAAAAAA